GCGCGGGCCGUGCGGGAGCAAGGCAACGCAGCGUACGCCUCGGGCGAUUACCAAGAAGCGACCGAGCACUACACGCGCGCGAUCGGCUACGACGCGACUGAGGCGAUCUUUCCGCUGAACCGCGCCGCUUGCCUGCUCAAGCUCAAGAAGUUCGCCGAGGCGGAGCGUGACUGCAGCGCGGCGCUCGCGCUAGACCCACACAAUCACAAGGCCUACUUCCGCCGCGGCGUCAGUCGCGCCGCGCUG